CUUCCACUGAAACACCCUAUCUCUGCGGUUCCGCUAACUCCAGAGAGAUUCACGAAAUGCUUAACCUUCCCGUGGAACUGCCCUCGUCGCUCAAGAACCUGAAUAACACCCGUCGGGAGGAUGCAGAGACAUCAUCUCUCGAUGCGUCGUCUUCCGAAACGGCCCCAUUUCUCCUUCCUCCGUCCGACGUCAAGUCCAAGGAUGGUCCAAUUGCACUUGAAGGCGAAGAUAAACUUGCACCACGAGUGCACCAAACCACCAACCCAAUCGAUCUAAGCCCUCCUGGUUAUUCCCCCAGCGACGCGUCCACAUCCAUCUCCGGUCCCGCAGCCACUGCUCCCCAAUACAGCCGGGACUAUAUCGACGACGAAGCCUUAGCGCUCGAAAACGCAGCUCGAAGUCUCGAAAUCGCUGCUGCCAACAGCGAGGACCCAGCCGUUAGGAGGACGCUCCUCAAGAAGGCUGAACGUCUACGGGAUAAGAAGAACGACGCCAUCUGGUUUGGCCGUAACGAGGGUGGUGUCUUCAGAAAGAUUGGUGGGGGAGUAGUUCUGAUUGUCACCAUUCCGAUUUUCUUGACUGGUGCUGUUUUGGAAGGAACCGGCGCAAUGCUGAAUGCGUCAGGGGUCAUGGUCAGGGAGAUUGGAGUGGGGUUGAAGACAGUACACACUUGGACCGUUGACAAGCUUCGACUGUACUAGCUAGUUAAGCAUUUGUGUAACCUUUGUCGUGCAUCUAUCUCUAUUGAUAGCCAUAUCGGUUUGCUAUAGAA